AUGACCUCAAGCUCUCGCACUGCCCUGAGGGCACUCAGAAGUGUCAAGGCUACCAGCUAUCGUCCGACUGCGAGUCAACAAGGUUUCGCAACGAGCACAGAGCCCAGUCUCAAAGAGACGCUCGCCAAAGUCAUUCCCGCCAAACGCGAGCUCCUCAAGCAAGUCAAGAGCCAUGCAAGCAAGAGCAUUGGCAGCGUCAAGGUUGAAAACACUUUGGGUGGAAUGAGAGGCCUCACCGCCAUGAUCUGGGAGGGAUCAGUACUCGAUGCAAACGAAGGCAUUCGCUUCCACGGCCGCACCAUCAAAGAUUGCCAGGAACAACUUCCUAAGGGAACGACUGGUUCGGAGAUGUUGCCUGAGGCCAUGUUCUGGCUACUACUAACAGGUGAAAUACCAAGCACCAACCAGGUGCGACAGUUCUCCCGCGAGCUAGCAGAGAAGGGCGCCUUGCCAGACUAUGUCGAGACCAUGUUAGACAACUUUCCUGCCGACAUGCACCCAAUGACACAGUUCGCAUGCGCAGUCUCGGCUCUCAACAAGACCAGUGUCUUCGCCAAGGCAUACGAAAAGGGCUUGAACAAGGCAGACUACUGGGAGCCAACCUUUGAAGACUCAAUCUCUUUGAUCGCCAAACUGCCCACCAUUGCAGCCAAGAUCUACCAAAACUCUUACCAUGGAGGCGGUCCUCUGCCUGCUCAGAUCGACCCUGAGCAAGACUGGUGCUACAACUAUGCUGCAAUGUUGGGCAAAGGCGGCAAGGAGAAUGAGGGCUUCCAGGAUCUGCUCAGACUUUACUGCGCCUUGCACGGUGACCACGAGGGAGGCAAUGUUUCGGCCCAUUCAACUCACCUGGUCGGUUCUGCUCUCUCGGAUGCCUUCUUGUCCUACUCAGCUGGUCUGCAAGGUCUCGCAGGUCCUCUCCACGGUCUAGCAGCCCAAGAGGUGCUUCGAUGGAUGUUGCAAAUGAAGGACCACAUCGGCGAGGACUUUACUGAGAAGGAUGUCAAAGAGUACCUGUGGAGCACACUCAAGAGCGGUAGGGUAAUCCCAGGCUUUGGACACGCAGUCCUGCGUAAGCCCGAUCCUAGAUUCGAUGCUCUGCUUGCAUUCGGAGAUGCUCAUGAAGACAUCAAGAGCAACAAGCUGUUCCAGCUCAUCAAGACCAACUCGCAGAUUGCGCCGGGCGUUCUGACCGAACACGGAAAGACCAAGAACCCGUAUCCCAAUGUCGACUCUGGCUCGGGAGUGCUCUUCCAUCACUACGGCUUCCAAGAAACACUAUACUACACGGCCAUCUUCGGUGUCAGUAGAGGUCUCGGACCGCUCGCACAGCUGAUUUGGGACCGCGCACUCGGUCUUCCUAUUGAGCGACCGAAGAGUAUCGAUCUGAAGGGCUUGCUGAAGGCAGCAGAGGCCUCAUGA